AUGGCGGCACCUUCUGACCCUGAAUCGUCAUUUGAUGUUUGUAGCCGCACAAACAAGCUCCGUAUAAAAGAUUUUUGUAUCGGUGAACGAUAUACACCACGCGAGUCAAAGCUUACGCCAAAUGAUGUGAAUGACAUAUUAGAUAUGGAAUCGUCGGAAGAAGAAGUGGGAGGUGAUGAAGACGACAAUGAAGUAAGAAUAGUAAAUAAUAGUGAUCAUGACAUUCAAAAAAACUAUAAAAGAGAUAGAGAUGCCAAAAUUAUAACAAAAAAUGAAAUGAUGGCAUUUUUUGGUUUGUUGUUUUUGUCAGGAAUAAAAAAAGGGAAUCACACCAACUUUCUUGAACUUUGGGCUACAGAUGGUACUGGAAUUGAAGUUUUUCGGGCUUGUAUGAGCUGUAACCGUUUUCUUUUUAUUUUGAAUUCAAUAAGAUUCGACGAUAAAACUACUAGUAAUUAUAGAAGAUCUGAUGACAAACUAACUGCUGUGAGGUCAAUGCUUGAUCAAUUUGUAUAUAAUUGUAAAACAAGUUACUACCUUAGUGAAUAUUUGAACAUUGACGAAAUGUUAGUCCCAUUUAGAGGUCGUUGUAGUUUUAUUCAGUAUAUACCAAGUAAACCUGCAAAAUAUGGCUUGAAAAUAUUUGCACUGGUUGAUGCAAAAUCAUUUUAUACGGGGAAUUUAGAAAUUUAUUGUGGGACGCAACCAGACGGGCCUUACAAUAUGUUUUCCAAGCCAUUUGAUAUUGUCAUGAGAUUACUUGACAAUGUAACAGGAUCAAAUCGUAACCUAACAUGUGAUAAUUGGUAUACUAGUUAUCCCUUGGCUACUGAAUUACUAAAAAAGCAAACAACUAUUGUAGGCACAUUGAGAAAAAAUAGAAAGGAGAUUCCAGUAGACUUUCAACCACAUAAAAAUAAAGUUGCUCACAAUUAUGCACAUUCUUUUUUAAAAACCCCCUUCACUCAUCCCUGGGUAUUGGUGUAA